AUGGAUAGUCAGAGAUACACCAGUCCUGGAGGGUUACAGUAUAUAAUGGAUAGUCAGAGAUACACCAGUCCUGGAGGGUUACAGUAUAUAAUGGAUAGUCAGAGGUACACCAGUCCUGGAGGGUUACAGUAUAUAAUGGAUAGUCAGAGAUACACCAGUCCUGGAGGGUUACAGUAAUAAUGGAUAGUCAGAGAUACACCAGUCCUGGAGGGUUACAUUAUAUAAUGGAUAGUCAGAGAUACACCAGUCCUGGAGGGUUACAGUAUAUAAUGGAUAGUCAGAGAUACACCAGUCCUGGAGGGUUACAGUAAUAAUGGAUAGUCAGAGAUACACCAGUCCUGGGGGAUUACAGUAUAUAAUGGAUAGUCAGAGAUACACCAGUCCUGGAGGGUUACAGUAAUAAUGGAUAGUCAGAGAUACACCAGUCCUGGAGGGUUACAGUAUAUAAUGGAUAGUCAGAGAUACAUCAGUCCUGGAGGGUUACAGUAAUAAUGGAUAGUCAGAGAUACACCAGUCCUGGAGGGUUACAGUAUAUAAUGGAUAGUCAGAGAUACACCAGUCCUGGAGGGUUACAGUAUAUAAUGGAUAGUCAGAGAUACACCAGUCCUGGAGGGUUACAGUAUAUAAUGGAUAGUCAGAGAUACACCAGUCCUGGAGGGUUACAGUAA